AUGGAGGAGGAACGCCUUUGGAAGUUCAGCAAGCCAGAAUGGCUCAACAGCGCUUGGGCUCGUAACUUUGGCGUCUACGGUGCCGGAGCUCUGUUCUCCAUCGCCUUCUACGUCAUGCUCGACUCCGCCGUCUGGUCAAAGUCAGCCCGCAACGGCUCCGACACCCACGUCACCUUUGUCGACUGGCUGCCCCUCAUCUUCUCCUCGCUCGGCAUGCUCAUCAUCAACUCGGUCGAGAAGGCGCGCCUGUCGGCCGACAGCUUCUCGUAUAGCGGCAACGGCGUCGCGUGGAAGGCCCGCGUCGUGCUGUUCCUCGGCUUCGCCGCGCUGGCUGGCGGUAUGGCCGGCGGCGUGACGGUGUUUGUGCUCAAGUUUGUCGUGCAGGACGUUGCCAUGCCGGCGCUGGGCAUGGGCAUCGAGAACGUUGUCGCGAAUGCGCUCGUGGGCUUGAGCAGCGUCGUGCUCUGGAUCAGCCAGAAUAUGGAGGAUGAGUAUAGCUACAACCUCGCUCUGUAA